AUGGUGAAAUCCGACGUGCGCAAGGAUUACUAUGCGGACCUCGGGCUCCAGCCCAGCGCGGAGGCCGAAGACAUCAAAAAGCAAUUCAGGAAAUUAGCGCUCAAGUACCACCCGGACAGAAAUCCAGGACGAGAAGUUGAGUUCAACGCCAAAUUUCAGGCCAUCCAGGCCGCCAAUGAGAUCCUCAGUGACCCCUCACAACGACUGAAAUACGACACCGAUCGUUUACGCGCAGGCUAUGGCAAGUGCUACGGACCCCCCAAGGCAAAUACCCAGCGCAAAACACAACCCCCCACCUAUCCUCCUCGCCCGGCGCCAACCUCUACGUCCGCAAAUUCACAGUACACAAAGACGACCCCGAACACUCCAUCCGCUGGCGCUAGACGAUACGCAUCUCAUGCGCGUGCCGGCCCGCAACAAUUCAAACAGGACAAUGCGCAAACCAGGGCUGAUGCAUUCCAUGGCUUUAAUAACAUGAGAGGAGGUCAGGUACCUGGGUGGCAGGGCUUCGAUCCUGCAACUGGCCGUGCCACUGGUGGUGUCCCGGGUCCUGGAGCACAACGGCAUCCCUUUGGGACUUCUGCGCAGUCUACCCGGCCUAAGUCUGCCUUCGAGGCCCACAACUCCCAUUCCAACGCACAGUCUUCCAAAAAGAAACAGGGCUUUGCGCCAGGUGCAGCCGGAGGAGAUGAGCCGAUGGCCCGUAACACCUCUGCCUAUAGCAAUAACCGGGCUGAACGGGCGAGCAGCCAAUAUUUCAAGCCUGCUGUGCCCCCAACUGCGAAGAAACCAGCAUCACCCGAGCCGCCUCAACCUAAAUCUCGCCAUUCAUACACCCCGGAGUUCGAACGACCCAGUAGAAGCUACGCACAGGCAGGCAAGGGUGAGAAGACUUUCUUUUCAAGUACAGGACUAGGACGUUCCGCAACCAUGCGUACCCCCUCAGGUUCUUCUCAUCAGAACGCGCAUACGGGUAAAUCCAGCCCUGCCUCUGGCCGAUCUGGGAAAUAUCGUAGCGCUAGCCCCUCGCCCAGGCGAAAUACCAAUAACUAUGACUCUACAAGCUCGAGUGAAGGGGAAGAGACUAGGCCCAAACCGAAGGCUGUGCCAAAGAGUCGACUCGGGCCGCAUCAAAAGUUUGCGGACUUCUACAACUCAGGAACAGCAAGCCCCGGAAAUGGUAUGGACUUCACUUCUUUCCUCUUUGCGAAUAGGCUUCGAGCCGUCGAGCUACCCGAUGGUAGCUACGUACUCCACUCGAUUUCUCAGGAUCCCCCCCUUAAUCCACCUACCCCUGCUGACAAGGACGGCCCUAAAGGACAUACCUCAGAUAGCGCUGCUUUCCCAAAAAGCUCGUACCGAUCGGACCAGCAGACCAACCCAUCGGGUUCUUCCUCUUCUGUCAACACCGACCCGGCAAACAAUGCGCAAAGGCCCCAGCCUGCCGCGUAUGGACGCAGCAGCACAAGUGACUUGCACAAGAAGUUUUCUGCAGAUGAUUGGCGGGACCAUUUGGGUCAGUUCGAUUUCAUGAGCUCUGCAUCGCUAAGCAAGGAGUCACUUCCGAGAUCACCUGCCUCUCAGAAUCGGGGGCGUACAAACGUCCGAAAUGGACCGACCAAGGCAUCCUCGACCGGAUCGCCGAUUCCAAAUCCUUUCGGCCCUACUCCUCUGUAUCAAACUUCGCAGUCAUCACAACAACCACCAACGCCCUUUGCACAAGCAAAGUUUUCUGCAGAUUCAUGGUCGGAGCAGCUUCGAAAUCUCUCGUGGACUGUACCAGAGAUUGAGAAGGCCAAACAAGCAGCAAACGCCGCGCCGCGUAGUCCCAAGAAACAGCCCAGGGCAGGCAUCAAAUUGCGGAGCGCUCCGCAGCCCGCAAGCGUUGCUACUGAGGCGGAUGAAGCUAAAGAGACUCUCAAUGGCCAGGCCCCUGGGCCAGCCGAGACGGCAGCACCAGAUGUUGAGGAGAUGGAUCUGGACGACGACCUUCCUACUCCUCCAGGUAUUCCGACACAGGUCCCAGGUGGAAGAUCAAGUAGUGGCAGCUAUCCCGAUUUGGCGUCUCAGGCUGUACCAGAUGCACCCCCGGUCAAGAAGCCCAAGCCUCCGAGCGCAGACCCGCGUACUCCUUUAUUCAACCUCGAUAAUCUUCGCAACACCGUACCAUUUACCAAUACAACUGGCGGAGGUAUUGAGAACCUAGAAGACUUCCACACCACUCUCCCCUUCGAAUCAAAAGCCAAGCAGCAAAGGGCAACCAGAAACGACAUCCGCCCCCGUGUACUCCAACUCCCAAACCCACCCAAACGACCCUGGGCCCCGAAACCAGUUCUCCUGGCCCCAACCUCCAAGCAUCUCGUCCUGCCCCGGGACAAAUGGAAUUGGUAUGUCUCAGCAAUGGGCACAUACAUGCAUGAAUGGAACGCGUUCAAUGGCCGGAUGCUCACGCAUUUCAAUGCGCGCCAAGAAGCGAAUGAAACCGGUCUCGCGCCGGGCUGGAUUAGUGCGGUUGGAGACUCUACCCGUCUUAAAAUCAACGGUGCAGACGAUGACAGCAUCAAUGGCUCGGCCAAGAAGGAUCUUGAUGAUUAUCACGUUGACGAAUUCCUCAUCCCUGGUACUAGUAAGGGUGGCUUUAGCGCUUAUCUCCGUGGCAUUGAGGAGGAUAUCCAGGUGCGGAAGCACUGGGAUGUUGCCUGUGAGCUGCAUCGGGAGUGUAUCCUUGAUCUUGGACGGUUGAGAGAGUGGAUUCGCGAUGGCGGCAGGGUUGUUUGA